AUGAACCGCUUUCGGUUCUUCUUCGACCGCAUUCCUGGCGAUUGGCUCGUCUAUGGAAUCAUGGGAACCAACGUUUUGAUAUUCUUCUGCUUUGGUGUCGCAGAGACCGCAUUCAAAAACGGAGACCCUCAGUUGCUCAAAUGGAUGUAUGAAAACUUUACCUCUUCCGCCGAAAAUAUUCGACAAGGAAGACUUUGGACGCUUGUUACAUCUGCAUUUGCGCAUCAAGCCACGGAUCAUUUAUUCAUGAACACACUGGGGCUGUGGAUGUUCUGUCCCGCUGUCGCUCAAUCCCUUGGCUCGUAUGCCUUUCUCAAGGUAUACCUGACAGGCGCCAUUGGCUGUGAUCUGAUGUCUGCCUAUUGGAACCAAAAUCGCUUCACUCGAAGUAUGGGAGCCAGCGGUGCAUUGUGCGCAAUCAUGUCGUUUACGGCAUGCAUGAGCCCAAGGACAUCCGUGGCACUCUAUGGUAUCAUCCCGAUGCCUCUAUGGGCUGUCGUGGCUGGCAUCUUCCUCUAUGAUCUUUAUGGCGCCAGAAGCAGAGGCCACGUCUCGACCGACUUUGCGGGCCAUAUUGGUGGAACUUUAACGGGUAUGGGUCUUUUCCUUGUGCGUCGCAGGCUGGGUAUCCCAUGA